AAGUGUCAUAAGUGAAAUCGUGAUUGAACACAAGAAAGUGAUAAUAUUUUUAUUUAUUUAGUGAUACAAUAAAUCAAUAACUAUUUACCUUAAGAGUUACCGUUACUACAUCUACGAGUGAAUUACUGACAAUGGAACUAGAUGUACUUUGGCCUAUCUAUUUUUGACUGUUUAAAGUGAUUCUUAGAUAGGCUAGUAGGCCAAAUAACUUAAGACCAAAAUGAAGCUAUACAAAGUGGAUUAUCUCGGUUAUGCCACUGCUGAUCGAAGAUUAUCGAACCCCAUGAUACCAUGGAUUCUGGCCGAAAUUCGCAAAGGCUCCACUGUUCAAAAGGUUUCUCUCGGAGUGAAGAGCGGAUGUGUGAUGUGUUAUUCGAGGGAUGCGAGAUCCAGGGAUCCUCCUCUCAUGUCUCAUGCUCUCUACCUCGUGUGUCGACAUCUCAUGAUCCACGGGAAUGUUACCACCUUCGGAUACUUCUUGCGGGAUCUCGCAGAGUCCAUACUCUACUGCUACCUCUUUCAGACUACAGAACCAGACGAUGCAGUAGAGCUGUUUGCUGCAAUGAAGGACCAAGCGACAAGAGUUCCUCCGCCAACACGUACGCUCAGUAACGCUGCUACUCUGACCUCACUAUGUGCGGACAUAUCUCCCAGCUCAUCACACUUCUUUGAGGUGCUGUACAUAGGAAAAGUCAGAGUGAGCCAGAAAAAGAUAUCAACAGACACAUUUAUUGACGACACGUUAGAUAAGUUUAAAAAUUAUGAGCUAGAAAAAGAGAAGAAAAAUGCUCUACAGACAGCUAAAGAAGAAGAAGCAUCUAGCUCCCAGGAAGAAGAUGUGAAAGAGCAAUCACCCUCUAUAUCUGAGUCCAGCUCUUCUCCUAACCUGGCCUUAGUAACAACUUCUCAAGACAACACUCAGGUUGUUGAAACAACCAAGGCGGAUACGUCUGAAACACAAGGCUUGGUGAUGAGGCUAAGAUCAGGGUCUGUUGGAAGUGUUCCUCAAAUUAAUGUGAAGAAAUCUGAUUCUGGGGUGAACAACACAACCAAGGUAGAAGACAACAGGACGAUGGUGUUCCAAGUAGGACACUACGACCUAAGACUCAUCAGUCCUGACAGGAAACAAGUGCUGCUACAUAAACAGCUGAAAGACAUUGUCUACUGUGUCCAGGGCAACAAGCAUCACGCACACUUUGGUUUCAUCUGCCGGGAGUCAGGUCUAGACUACCACGUUGGAUAUGUCUUCAAGUGUGAAUCGGACUCUGUAGCAGACGACGUUGUUGGUGCCAUCUCACAAGCCCACAUAACGGCCUGUGAAGCUGUUCGUAAGGAGAAACAACCCGUUUUGUCUUGUGAACACUGUCCCAUGGUUUGGUACCAUAAGCUCUGCGCUGAAAUUGAAAGCCAGACGAGUGACAAGCGAGUGCAGUCGACCAUCUUCCGCAGACUGGAGCUGCUGCCAGAGGAGGAGCAGGAGGUGGUGUUGACUAAACUGAGAGGGGCCGAGGCAUUGAGUGAUACCAGUGUGAAGGAGCAGAACGAGCUGUUGAUGAUGCUGCUGAGAGCUCACUGUGAGAGCAAACAGAGCAGACAUGUACACGACACAGCAGAGAAUAGACAUGAAUUCCUGAACCACAUGUUGGGCAGCAGCACCAUCUUCAUGAAGGCCAAGCGGUCAUUGACCAGCUCGUUUGACCAGCUGCUCAAAAGAAAAGGCUCCAAGGAUGAUUUGGCUCAUUCUGACCUUCCUGUCAAGAACACUAUGGUUAAGGAACUCAGUUUGCCGAUGAACGCUGCUCUGUGUAAGGACAGCAACAACAGCAGUAGUAUGACACACUCAGCAUCAUCCGGCUUGCUAGAGGUUCCUCAGACGCCCACCCGCACCCGUAGCAGCACCGUCGGGUCUCUACCUGACACGGGUGACACACCCGACACACCCAAGAGCAGUCCCAUGAUGAACAUAUUCCUAAAGGUCGGACACAACACCUCGCCCAAAGAUGAGAUUGAAACUCCAGGAAGACAGGCAGGCUCCUGGCGUCAAGCCAUCUUUAACACUGUCGUCACUCCUAGUAAAAACCUACAAGAAAACCGUGCGUUGGACAGUUUGAGCAAACGAGAUAAAGCUGAUUUGAGAGCGUUAUGGAGGAAAGCUAUCAACCAACAGGUGUUGCUUAUACGAAUGGAGAAGGAAAACGCUAGACUCAAAGCUAGUCAAGAAGAAGCUACAAUGAAGCGUAUCAAGUUGGAAUAUGACGACAUUGGCGCACUUGGUCGACAGAAUCUGGAGGUUUGGGAGAUGAUCAUCAACAAAGAGGCGAGGAAAGCUGACGAGCGUAUACUUACUCAAGCUAUCAGACAAGGAGUUCCUCGCAGCAAGAGAGGUGAAGUUUGGCUGUAUCUAGCAGAGAGACAUUGUGCUCAAAUGCCUCCGUUUGACUGCUCCAAGUUCCCCAAUUACAACGUCCACUACGAGGAUCUACUAAAACAACUCACCUCGCAACAGCAUGCGAUACUUAUUGACUUAGGUCGCACCUUCCCCAACCACACAUAUUUCUCUUCACCCCUAGGACCAGGCCAGUUAGCCUUGUAUAAUUUACUCAAGGCUUAUUCCCUCCUGGACCCUGAGGUAGGGUACUGCCAAGGCCUGUCAUUCGUGGCUGGGGUGCUGCUAUUACAUAUGACUGAAGACCAAGCAUUCUUCAUGUUGAGACACCUGAUGUUUCGGCGAGGUAUGAGAGCCCAGUAUCUGCCAGACAUGAUAGCGCUACAGGUCCAGUUGUACCAACUGUCCAGACUGAUACAUGAUCAUCAGCCGGACUUGUACGCCCAGUUGGACAAACAUGAGGUUGCUCCGACGCUCUUUGCAGCUCCGUGGAUGCUCACCAUGUUCGCGUCACAGUUUCCCCUCGGUUUUGUGACUAGAGUGUUCGACUUGUUGUUCCUGGAAGGCAAGGAAGUGUUGUUCCGUGUUGCCAUGGCUCUGCUCAGUCACCACAAAGAGGGUCUUCUCAACUGUGACAACUUUGAACAGAUCAUGAACUACUUUAAAACCAACUUUCCUAAAAUAGACAAGCCCAUCAUGGAUAAAGUACUUAAAGAGGUUUUCUACUCCGACAUAUCCAAGAAACUGUUGGAGUAUGAAGUGGAGUAUCAUGUGCUCCAAGAGGAAGUUAAUACUCCACGACCGGAGGUGAAGAGAAUCAAGGAGCUGGAGGAAGCCAACAAACAACUCCACAUACAGAACAGAUGUUUGUCAGAGCAGCUUGAGAUCUCUACAAGCAAUAUUAACAGACUGGAGACGAGUAGAUCAUCACACAUGAUGCAGAUAAAUAGAUUAGAGUCCCAAGUUAGAAGCUUGGAAGUGACAGUUUCCACACUGGGGGAUUUUAUAACCACUCUCGCCUACAACAAUACAGAUCUAGAAAUACCUGGAGAGAUCCUUCGUAUUAUUGCCCAGAUACAUGUUUCUGAGCGGAAGAGUUUACCAAACAACGUUCUCCGUCCUGGGAUCCUCAAUCGGAAUAUGCCACUUAAAACUAUAGACGACAACAGAAUCAGUCCGCAAAAAGAUACAAAAAAGAGUCCGCGACCAUUGAAAUCAACUCUCAGUUCCCCCAACUUGGAGCCCAAGACAUCCUUUUUCGCACAUUCGUUCAACCAGAUUAACCAACAGAAACUAGGAAUAUCUGAUAAAACGUCCCCCCUUAAUGGGAUGAAACAGUCACGUUCGGAUUCAAGCAGUGUAAAACAGCUGUUGUAUAGUGAAAGUAAAGAAAUUAUAGGAGAAAUCGAAACAGAAAAACCGAGGUUGGGUAGAGUUUUGACAGACAAUGAUAGGAAAGCCUUAGGAUUGGUUGAUUCGGAUUCGUUCGUGAAAACAAAUUCGAUGCCUUCAACCGAUGGGAAGCGAAAGAUAUUGAAAAGUAGUCAAAGCUCGUACGAAUUGGGGAAGUCAGAAUCGGUUUCUGCCGUGUCCGAUUUGCUUCCGUUGAAUUCUGACACGGUCAACAUUUGUUUCGGCGGAACUACCAAAUUGAGACAGAUCCGACCGCUUAAAGUGAGAAAUGAAAGUUGUAGCAGUAUACCCAGUCAGUCUUCAAGCACAGGAUCACUUUUUGAGGGUUGUCCUCUUCCAAACAAGAAAAUAGAACUACAAAUCGUCGAACCUUCAGAUAUCAGCUGUACAAGUCGAUCCGUGUUUGAGGAAAAAGCUGACAAUUCUCUCUUCAGCGAAAAACACCUGAGGCAAAAUAGCUUUGAAAAAUCUAGAGGGAAAGAAGCAGAAGAAAUGAUUAAGUCUCAAGUGCCUGCGAAACAGCCGAGUCUUCUAACUUGAAUUAAGAUUAUUAUAUAGUAAGGUGCUUACCUAUUCCUGUGCCAAAGUUUAGUAAGCAACUGUAGUACCUUAUUAGCAAUGACAAAUGCUUAAGUAUUAUAUUCUCAAAGUUAGGAAUCUCAUCUUCAAAAAGUCUACAAUCCUUUCAUAUUUUCUAUUAUGUACUUAGUGUUUGACACUGGAUUUUAAAAAAGAUUAUUGCAGUAAACGAUGUGUUCAGUUCGUAGACAUAUCAGUCAAUUACUAGUUGACAUAUUCUGACUAUCAUACCUUGAUUUUUAUUUGAACACUUGACACUUCAAAACAUUGUUUCCAGACUACCAUCCUGCUUACCAGGCCGAGAAAAUCUUGUUUUAUCCUGCUUUAAAAUAAUGUUAAAUCCUGUUUUAUCAUACAUGAAUUUAGUAAAAAAACCGGUUCAAUCCUGAGUAAUCUUAUUGAUGUAUUAUUUUAUUAUUUUAAAAUAGUUCUUUUUAGCCUUGCUAUAAUGAAUGCAUAUAGGCCUAUUAAAAUAAUUGAACCAAUAAACUGGUAUCUGAAAAUCAAUAUACUUACUUACUGAUAGAACGUCGCUAAUCUCUGUAGAUCUUUUGCCUCGUAGAUUAGCCGCCUCCACUCUUCUUUAUCUUUCGCCAUCCAAAUUUCUCCUUUGCAUUGGAUCACAUCCUUCUUGACUUGGUUAUACCAUAGAUAAAACAUACUCCGUUAUACCAUCUUAAUUUAUAAAAACAAAAUGGAGUAUCAGCGCUCAAAAAUGAAUCUUGUUUUAUUCUGCAUCACAUUUUAUUCUCAUGCAAGGCCUAAAAAAAUCCUGUUUUGGGACUUAAGUCCUGCAAAUACACUGCUUUAAAGUUGUCUUCCUAAGCAAUAAAAAUAUGCAUGAAUUUUUAUAACCUUUUGAUUUUAAUGACAACUAAUUGUAACUUAGUGUCUGUUACUAUGCUUAUCAAAUGCUAAUUUAGUACUGUAGUUAAUUAAUUAUGUUAUUCCUCUAAUACAACACCAAUACAUAAUAAGUAGAAAUAUUUUUCUAAUUUUAAUUUAUAGUAUAUAUCCUCAUUCAUGAUUACUCAGAACUCAUCAAAAUCAACUUUCAUAAACUACAUGUUCUUAAUAUAGGUUUAAUAUCCAUUUAUCAGUACUUUUUAUAAACGUACAUAAUAGGCCUAUUUUUUAGUAUUAUUUUGUCGAGUAUUGAUCAUUAUAUAAAAUACGAUCCGUGGCAGCUUGAUGUUACUUUUAGAUGCUUUAAGCCUUAAUAAAUAAUUUAGAUUAUAGAUUUAGCUGUUACUACAGUAUUGUGAUCUUCAGUAGCUUAAUGUUAGAUGAGUGAACGUCAAAGCUAGUCCAGUUUUGCAUGGAAUUUCACCUUAGAGUUUUAAGUAUUUUAUCAAAUAGCACUAUUACACAGCUUUCAAUUCCCCACUGCUAAGUACACAGCCCACUUGUCAAUUAUCAAGUACACUUAAAAUGAGUUUUAUAAUGUACUACACAGAUAUACAAUAUUUUUAAAUACCUAUAGGCAAUAUUUGAUAUUGUUUUAAAUAACUCUAAGUACUGUAUUUUGACUAACGAAUCCCAUAAUUUUGUUGUGAUCAUGUAGACUGAAAGUUUUAAUAAUUUUACAGUGGAUCAUUUGAUGUACAAAUUGACAUAUUUUUAGAUGUAAAGUUAUUAUGUUAUAUAUACAAUGUGAUUUAUUUUUAUUAAAGUGUUUAUGACCAACAUAAUUGAGUGAAACUGUUAUUGUUGAUUGAUAAAUAGAUAUUG